AUGGUCUGCCUCAAGACUCUGUCCGUGUUUCUUGCAGCAUUCGCUGUCGCCGAUGCUCGCGCAGUCUUCAAGACUCAGAGCAACAAGAAUGGCGAAAUGAUCGCCGACAACUACAUUGUUGUCAUGAAGGAUGGUGUUUCCCAUGAUGACUUCAAGGCUCACGUCUCCUCCGUCGCCAGCAUCCACACCACCAACAAGGCUAAGCGAGGCACCAACACCGCUGGUAUGAAGCGUGAGUUCGACAUCAUGAACUGGAGAGGUUACCACGGUCACUUCGACCGCGACACCCUCGAGGAGAUCCUCAAUGACUCCAAGGUCUCCUACGUCGAGCAGGACCAGGUUGUUAGAAUCUCUGGCCUUACCACCCAGCGCAGCGCACCCAGCUGGGGUCUUGGACGUGUUUCCCACCGCCGUGCUGGAAGCCGUGACUACGUCUUCGAUGACUCUGCCGGCCGUGGUGUCACCAUCUACGGUGUUGACACUGGUAUUGAUAUUCGCCACCAGGAUUUCGGUGGACGUGCCCGUUGGGGUACUAACACUGCUGACCGUGAUAACGCUGAUCGCCACGGUCACGGAACCCACACUGCCUCUACUUUUGCCGGUACUGCCUUUGGUAUUGCUAAGAACGCCAACAUUGUUGCCGUUAAGGUCCUUGGCUCCGAUGGAUCCGGUAGCACCAGCGGUAUCAUUGCCGGUAUCAACUACUGUGUCCAGGAUGCUCAACAGCGCGGUAUCCUUGGAAAGGCUGCUAUGAACUUGUCUCUUGGUGGUGGCUUCAGCCAGGCCAACAACGAUGCUGUCACCCGUGCUCAGAACGCUGGUAUCUUCGUCGCCGUCGCCGCUGGUAACGACAACAGAGAUGCCCGUGCCUACUCUCCUGCCUCUGCUCCAGCAGUCUGCACUGUCGCCUCUUCCACCAUCCAAGACAGCAAGUCCUCUUUCUCCAACUGGGGCUCAAUCGUUGAUAUCUACGCUCCUGGUUCCGACAUCAUUGCCGCUCGCCCAGGUGGUGGCAGCCAGAGCAUGUCCGGCACUUCUAUGGCCUCUCCCCACGUUGCUGGUAUGGGAGCCUACCUGAUCGGAAUGGGAGCUGACCCCCGCCGCGUCUGCGACCAGCUCAAGCAGCUCUCCACUCCUGCCAUCAGCAACCCUGGCUCUGGCACCACCAACCGCCUCCUCUACAACGGAAGCGGCCAGUAA